AUGAUUGCGCCUCCAUUUGCCGUGUGGUGGGAAUCGACCGACCUAUCGAGCUUCCCUAGCUUGUAUGCGUCGGGCCUCGCAUCGUUACUCAAAAUCUCCUUUGGAACCACAGCUAGUAUUUCGUCGAACGAUACUCCUCCAAUAUCCCCACAUUCGAACACGAAUUCAGAUAAAGAAAAAUCCGCCUUGAGUCCUGGCGCGAUAGCUGGUAUAGCCGUAGGUGUAGGCGCAUUCGUCAUAAUCGGUAUCGUCUUCCUCCUGUACAUUUGGAGGAGACGCAAGCAGCAAAGACAACGCCUCGAGCAUCGGAACGAACCGGAGAUGGAAGGUAGUCCAGGAGCAUUCAAGAGCUUUAUGGGUGAAGAUUGGAGAGCUGAGGCGGACGGGACUACGGGGCGCGUUGAGACGGAUGGGACUACAGGGCCGGUGGAGGUGGAUGAGGAAUCGAGAGCUGUAAGAGCGUUUCCUGGGCCGCCGGUGGAGAUGGAUGGUACACAGACGGCGAGAGGCUGA